AUGGAAAAUCUUGUUCGACUGGCACAUUUGUCCGAAGAUGAUCUUCUUAGUCUUCCUGAAAGAGUUGUCGAAAACCUUGCUAUCGCUUUUGAUAGUGUAGUCCAUGAAGCUAAUGAGGCGAAAAAACAAAUGGAGCAAACGACGAUAGAGCAGGAAACAAAACUGAAAACUGCCUCCGAAAAAUACUCUCGUUUGCAGUCCGAAUUUGAAUUGGCUGACACCAAGUUAAAAAACCUCCGUGAGGCUCUUAUAAAGGAAGAAAAUAAAUCCCAUGAGUUAUCAGUUGAUCGGGAUAAACUAGCUCAAAAAUUAAAUGAUAGCCAAUCUGUAACCAACGAACUUGAAUUGGUUAUUCAUAGGCUUGAAAAUGACAAAGAAAGCCUCAACGAACUUCUCAGUAAGAAAAAUGAGGAGUAUAUGCGGAUUUCAAAAGAAAUGAAUGAGAUGCAGGCAGAAAUCGGGUCAAUACGUACAAUGAAGUCUGACAUCAUCACUCAAAUGGAAGAAAUAAAAACUGAAAAGAAUAUUCUUGCUCUUCGCGAAAAGAGAUUAGAGGAAACAAGCGCCUCUAUUAAGCAGCAAAAUGUUUGGUAUGAGGAAGAACUACACAAAGCAAAUGACAAACUACUUACAAUUCGAAGCGAAUAUACUGAAAAUUUUCUCAACUUGGAGUCUGAACUAGCGUCAAAGAGAAAAGAGCUAGAGUAUUCUAAAGACGCCGUGUCGAAAUUGGAAAAUGUGGUUAAAAAAUUGUCAGAAUCUAACGAAGAUCACAUUGAUAAAUUGAAGUUGCGCACUGAAGAAUUGACAGCGUUAGAGCAAAUGCACGCUGGUGAACUGGAUGCUCAACGUCGUCUCACAGAGUUGUAUAAAGAAAAGUCUUCCGAUUUUGAGACGAAAUGCGAUGAAUUGCAAAAAGCCGUUUCAGAGUUGCAGUUAUUGCUUCAACAGGGGCAUGAUCAUGUUGUUGUCUUGCAGUCAGAGAAGAAGAGCAUAAUUGAAGCUUUCAAUGAGGAGAAGGAGAGCCUUGUUGCAGCGAAUAUCAGCAUGGCAAGUGAGCUAAAGUCUGCAAAGGAGAUUGUCGACAAAUUUCGUGUCAACGGGCUCUCUCAGGAAGAACUCCUUCAAAUCAACCCCACUAUUGCUAGCACUCUUGCUUCCAUUAAGAGCGGCCGUUCUCUCAUUGACAUUUAUGCUGAGUAUUUGCAAGUUGUUGAAGAACGGGAUAGAUUAAAGGUUGAUAAAAAUCUUCUAGAUGCCCAUAUUAGAGAAUUGGUUGAGCAGUUGGAAGAGAAGGCGCCCAUCUUACGAUCACAGCAAGAAACCUUUAAAAAAUCCACAGAACGUGUAGCCGAACUUGAAAGACAAUUAGAGGCCCUGCAACAAGGUGCCAAGGAAAAGGAGGAGUGCCUUGAUUACCAGAGUCGUCGUGCUGGUUACUUCCAGCGUCAAUAUCUGCGUUUGAAAGAAAAUUGCAAAGAUCUCUCUAUCCAAGUAAAAACUCUCCUCUAUGAGCUUGAAACUGCUCGUGGUACUGUCAUUUCCUCUAUGCCAAUGGACGAGGGAAAUGUAUCAAUACUUCCAGAUAGCAGUACAGAUGAUAUCGAUAGUAGAGACCUACUAAAAAUUUGUUCAGCAGCUGCUUCUGUGAUUGACAAGAAUCUAGUGACUUUUAAGAGUAUCUCUGAUCUUCAGACACAAAAUGCCCGCUUGUUACUUGUAGCAAGAGAUUUGGCUUCCCAAUUAGAGGCACAUGAGUCGAGUAAAGAGUCAUUGGAUAACCACGUCUCAGAGAUAACGGCCAAAGUUGAUGUCCUCUCUGGCGAAGUGGAGGUUGCUCGCUUGUCUGCCUCUGAAGCUCGUUCUGAGACAAAGUUGGCCUGUCGUCAACGCGAUUUGUACAAGAACCUCCUCCUACGCCAUGCAAUUCCACUUCCUGAUUUAUCGCAUUCAGACGAAACGGUUUUGUCAGUUCAAGAUUAUGAGGAGGAAACCCGAGAAAAAUCAAUUGUAUCAACUAACUAUGGUAGGUCAUUGUUAGUCUUUUCAAUUAUUAUAUAUUCCCAGAUGAAAAUUUAUUUAUAUCAAAUGGCAGGCGUUUUGAUAAUUAUCAUUAAUUAUUUCAAAUGGCAGGCGUUUUGA